CAUAAAAUUAUUGCCUAUAGGAUCCCCACCUCUAUUUUCAACUAUCUAGAAGGCAUAGAGCUAAUCACAUUAGCUAAAAAUCGCCUAAAACAGAUAGCUAGAUCCGUGGCAAUUGCAUUUGCUACGCCUAAAGAGGCUAGCGCAGCUUUACAAAACAAAAUCACUAGUACGCUUCUACUAGACGUAAAAGGGGCAUACAACCACGUGUCCAAGAACCGGCUACUUACGAUUCUUAAGAAUUUAGCCUUUCCCGAUUCGGUUAUUAAGUGGGUCUUAUCUUUUAUAAGCGGGCGGUCACUUAAGCUUCUAUUUAACGGAUAA